CUCUCUCUCUCUCUCUCUAUAUUUUCUUCAUUAAAUCGUUUUUCAGAUUCUUACAAUAACCGAAUCCAACGUUUUUCGCCGGGAAGUUCAUUUUUUGCCGCAAAGUUCGUUUUUUACCCCGGAAAUGGAUGUUUUUGUUUUCAGCAACAACUGAGAUUAGAAAUGGGUGAUGAAGAGUUAACCGGAGAAUCUCAACUGGCCGGAGUACCCACCGGAGCUUGCCGACUCCGGCGAGCUUUGGAACUCAUUUGUUCGUUACUUUCUCUAACGCUCUCGAUCAGGGUCUUCGCCGGAAAAUGGCAACUCAUUCGGAACAAGCUUGAAGAGCUUCAUUCAGGUUUAAUCGCCGCCGAGAAUAGUGAUUCCGGCGAGAAUCCGUCGCUUUCGAGGUUAGUAACUUCGAUAGUAGCGACGGUGAAGGAGUGUCACGAUCUGGGUCAGCGUUGCGUUGAUUUCUCGUACAGUGGGAAGCUUUUGAUGCAGAGUGAUUUGGACGUAGCGUUUUCGAAACUCGAUGGUUUAGCGAAGAAGCUUUCGGAGAUUUAUAGAACGGGGAUUUUGACAAAUGGGUUUGCGCUUGUUGUUUCAAAACCGUGUCUUGGUGCUUGUAAAGAGGAUAUGAGGUUCUAUGUGAGAGAUAUUUUGACGAGGAUGAAGAUUGGUGAGUUGGGUAUGAAGAAACAAGCUUUAAGGAAUCUUCUUGAGGUUGUUGUUGAGGAUGAAAAGUAUGUUAAGGUUAUUGUUGUUGAUGUGAGUGAUGUUGUUCAUGUUCUUGUUGGGUUUUUGGGUUCUAAUGAGGUGGAAAUCCAAGAAGAGAGUGCUAAGGUUGUUUGUGUUCUUGCUGGUUUUGAUUCAUAUAAAGGGGUUUUGAUUAGUGCUGGUGUUAUCGCGCCUUUGAUCCGGGUUUUGGAUUGUGGGAGUGAGUUGGGGAAAGUUGCGGCUGCGAGGUGUUUGAUGAAAUUGACGGAGAAUUCGGAUAAUGCUUGGGCUGUUUCGGCUCAUGGUGGUGUCACGGCGUUGUUGAAUAUUUGUGGGAAUGAUGAUUGUAAAGGGGAUUUGGUUGGUCCUGCUUGUGGUGUGUUGAGAAAUCUUGUUGGUGUUGAGGAAGUUAAGAGAUUCAUGGUUGAGGAGGAUGCGGUGUCGACUUUUAUCAGGCUAGUGAAAUCAAAGGAGGAAGCAAUUCAGGUGAAUUCAAUAGGGUUCAUUCAGAAUAUUGCCUUUGGAGAUGAGUUGGUUAGGCAAAUGGUGAUUAGAGAAGGCGGAAUCCGUGCUUUGUUACGUGUUUUAGAUCCGAAAUGGUCAUAUUCUUCAAAAACAAAGGAAAUAACAAUGAGGGCUAUUGAAAGUUUGUGUUUUACUUCAUCUAGCUCUGUAAGUAUUUUAAUGAGUUAUGGUUUUGUGGAUCAGUUGCUAUAUUAUGUUCGACACGGUGAAGUUUCGAUUCAAGAGUUAGCUUUGAAAGUGGCAUUUAGAUUAUCUGGAACAUCCGAAGAAGCUAAGAAAGCAAUGGGAGAUGCCGGUUUUAUGGUAGAAUUUGUUAAGUUUCUCAAUGCGAAAUCAUUUGAAGUUCGCGAAAUGGCAGCUGAAGCACUCUCCGGCAUGGUCACGGUACCUAGAAAUAGAAAGAGGUUUGUUCAAGAUGAUCAUAACAUAGCCCUGCUUCUGCAAUUGCUUGAUCCAGAAGAGGGAAAUUCAGAUUUUCAUGAAGAUACUCUCUGCCAUUACUGUGAGACUAUUAGCUAUGGUAGAUUGUACCUAAGAAGGAAACAAUUAUAAUAUAUUAUACCAAAAGAAACAAAAAAAGAAAAGAACUUAAUUACUUACUAGUUGCAGUUAUUUUUCUACCUACCUAACUCAUUUUUGUUUGUAAGUGUUGCUACAAUAUUUUAUAGUGUAUGCAUUUGUAAAUAGUGUGUGGUACCACAUGGGGGAAGACAUACAUCUAUCUAUAUCAAUACUUGGUAAGCAUGUGAGUGGUGUCAACAUUGCUUUUCUAUAUCCAGCAUUUUAUAUUACAAAGCAGAUAGUGAUAGAUGAAGUUUCCAUCUGUAUUGUUUUUGUCUCUUUGUAAAGUUUUGUACUUUGUUAUAGCUACUUCCUAGCUGUUCAUUCAUCAAGAUUGUAAACAUGACGUUUGUCCACAUGCUUGUUGCUCGUGAACUUUUUAAGAUAAGAGCAUAGAAUGAUCAUUAAUCAUACAUCAUUAUAUAAUUUACAUUA